CACUUUGGAAUGAAUGCUGUCUGGAGUCUGAGUUGUGUAACAUUAAAGUUUGAAUUAUGUCCAAAUUUCAACUCUGAUAACUCAAGAAAUGUCGAGUUUGCUCAGUGACAGCUGCAUCCAGACUUCCUGAAGUGUAAUGGUGGAAGUAGGCAGAUCUUUCAGGCUGUGGAAGCUUCUGGAGAAAUACUGAAUCCUUAACAGGCACAGACUGCUUAAAUAUCUGUUUCUUUAGUGGACAGUAUCAGAUCUUCCAGGUACUGCAGGCUGGCAGCCUCGAUGGUUUCUUCUCUGUGGUGGCAUCCUGUCCUAUUACGACUCUCAGGAAGAUGCCUGGAAGGGUUGUAAGGGAAGCAUCCAAAUGGCCGUGUGUGAAAUUCAAGUUCAUCCUGCAGAUAAUACACGAAUGGACCUGAUCAUCCCAGGGGAACAAUACUUCUAUCUGAAAGCAAGAAAUGCAGUUGAAAGGCAAAAGUGGCUGGUUGCACUAGGAACUGCCAAAGCCUGUCUGACCGACAGCAGGACACGAAAGGAAAAAGAGUUCACUGAAAACACAGAAGCCUUGAAGACUAAAAUGUCUGAACUUAGACUGUACUGUAACCUCCUUGUUCAGCAAGUGCAUAAAACGAAGGAAGCCAGCAUUUCUGGUGUAUCAGAACCAGAGAGAGAGAUUGAUAUGGGAGCUCAGUUAAAAUCAACAUGUGACACCUUCCUGAAGACUCUUGAAGAAUGUAUGCAGAUUGCAAAUACUGCCUUCACUUCUGAGUUAUUGCAUCAGACCCCACCUGGAUCCCCACAUUUAGCGGUCCUCAGAACGAACAAGAUAAAGCACUCUGUCUUGUCCAGUCACACCUCAAUGGAAAGGCAGAUGGAAUUAAACCCCUGUGAAAAUGGCUCUGUAAAAGCAGAAAUCAACCAUCAAGAGCAAACCCUUAUUAAAAGUCUGGAAUGUUUAAACCUGGAAACAAAUGAGGGGAGCAGUGAUGUUUCUGUUGAAGAUCACAUAACAGAGGAUUUGGCAGGCAUUAAAGAAGAUGGAGAGAACAAGCUGCAAGCUGUAGAAAGCUGUGGUGCCCACAAGUUGCUGCAGUCCGAAACGAAUUCUUUAAGUGGAUUGACUCUGUGUGAGGAAGACAGAAAUGAAAAUGAUUCUCCUACCUUCUUCAGUGUCAUGAGCAAUAGGUUCAGUGAUAUUGAACUUCGGGAGGAGGAGGGCAUACCAACAGAAGAGUUUCUGGAGUCAUGUUAUGCAAUUGUGCCUGUUCUGGACAAGCUGGGACCAACUGUUUUUGCUCCUGUUAAAAUGGAUUUUGUAGGUAACAUCAAGAAAAUAAACCAGAAAUUUAUAACCAACAAAGAAGAGUUUGAUACCCUUCAGAAGAUAGUGCUCCAUGAAGUGAAUGGCGGUGUAGCACAAGUUAGAAACUCUGCUACGGAGGCUCUCCUGUGGCUGAAAAGAGGCUUAAAGUUCUUGAAAGGGUUUUUAACAGAAGUGAAGAAUGGGGAAAAGAAUAUCCAAACAGCUCUGAACAACGCUUAUGGAAAGACAUUACGGCAGCACCAUGGCUGGGUUGUCCGCGGGGUCUUUGCAUUAGCUUUAAGGGCAGCUCCAACGUACGAAGACUUUGUGGCAGCUCUGUCUGUAGAGGAGUGUGAUCCUCAGGAAGAAACAUUUUACAAAGGAAUGCAGAGGGACCUCAACAUUUACUUGCCAGCCAUGGAAAAGCAGCUAAAUAUCUUGGACACUCUCUAUGAAGUACAUGGUUUGGAGUCAGAUGAGGUGGUAUGACUACAGCAAGACCGUGUCUUAAAACUUCAGGGACUGUGUCUGUUAACAAAGAUUUCUUUUGUUUUGGGUUUUUUUGGACAUUGUUUCUGUUCAUUGUAUCUUUUCAGGUGGGAAGGGUGUUGUGACUGUUUUGGGGGAAGGGUAUGUAUGAUUUUUAUUUUUUUGUUAAUGCUUGUUUUGUGUUUAAAUGCAGAGGUACUGUUUCUCUUUGGGUCAUAACUAUGUCGGUGAUGAAUGUUUUUGACUGUUUCCCUCCUGCCUGUGCAUGUCCUCUUCUCUUCACCUUAUAAAAGUAACAGAGCAGAAUUUGGCCUUUGCUCCCGUACCUUAGGAGAGAGCCGCGUGUGGAGUGGAGCCGUUGGGACGUCAGCAUGGUGCCCAGGCUGGCGCUGCUGGCUGUGGCUCUCCCAUGCCCUGUGCCCACUCCCUGCGGUGGCGUAGGAGGACAGAGGUAGUGAGAGUUAUUGUUACCCUGGUGGCAGAAGAGAAGGGCAGCUAAAUGCCAGCUUAUAAGGUACAUGGUGAGUUUGUCCCUUAAUUUGGGUUGAAGCUUUUUAAUGCAGCAGCUCUCCAAAUAUUACAGAGAUCUUCAGCACAGGCGUAUGUGGCUGGUGGUCUGAGCUUCCCCAGGAACCAGCCUUUGAAACUAGGUGUCAUGUUCCCUGACCAGCUCCCAGUACGUACCAUGUUCCUCCCUGUCAGCUCCUGCCAGUAGACCACAAGAAAUUUGCUGGCACAGACUGGCAGAGCCCAGCCAAUUUCAACAGUGCUUUACACAAGUAAUCGAAAAUCAUGUCCAUCAUCCUGGUUUAUGAAGGUUUUGGUGGGUUUUUCUAUUUUGGGUUUAGGGUUUUCUUAAAUUCACACAAAAACGUAAUACUUGCUUUUAAAUUGAAUACAGGUAGCAGUUUAAAAAGCAGAUUUCAUUAAAAUCCUUCCUAGGCUGCCAUUAUGGGCAGAGACUUCAUGAAAGUGGACAUGAAAUGAGUAGAGCAUAGGGGAAGCUAGAAUUUGUCACGGAGCCAUUACGCAUCAGGCUAAUUACAAACCUUAAAAUCUGAAAUUAUGUAGAAGUGACUGGAAAUUAAGAAAGUAAGAUUUGCCCUUUUUCCCAUCUUGCUGAUACUGAUAAAAAUGUGCUCCUUAACACUGCUGCUGUUAAAAAUAAUAAAGAAGUCCUUUUAGCUAGCGCUACAGUUAAGGACAAAAUUCCUAGUUGUGUUGAUGACUAGGAGGCUGUCUGUGAAUUAUUGACUGCCCAUUCAAGGCAUAAGCGGGUCUCUCAGUGGUGACUUAGGGCUUCAGAUGGCUUUGUGCAAAGAGCUGAGUUUAAAUCACAUGCAGGAGGAGAGAAGACUGUGCUAAUGAGGCACUUAGAAUUAGUAAAUCUUCAUAAAUAUAGAAGUCAGUGUUGCCAUACUCACAAAAGCAGUACUGGCUUUUGCUAGGCUAAAAACCAUGCUGUCGAUAAAGUGAAUGUACUGCAGGCCUGCUGCCCUGCAUCGCUCUGUGAUGGGGGCCUCUCUGCACACCGAAUACUUGAUCCUUUCUAAAGAGCCUAGCAUUGUGAGCUUUAAGAAAAGCAUAUGAUGCUUGAAGAAAAGACCAAAUGUCACACUUGGUGUAUACAGCAAGGUACCAGGACUGUAAUUAGGCAUUUAAACAGUUGUUCCUGUCAUCUUCUCUGAGUUGUGCCUAUCAGUAGUUCCUGCACACUCCAAGAGGAAUAAGAAGGUUGUGGGGGUUUUAGUUUUUUGGGGUUUCUUAAUUUAAGUAGUAUAUAUUUAUGUUUGAGUACAAAGUCAAAACUUUUGACCAAAGCUCUAUUCAAUAAUUUCACUACUUGCAGUGCUAAGAAUGAAGCAGAGAGCCUUUGGGAUUUGGCUGUCUGCUUCUUGUAAGCAUGAAUGCAAAGAAACCACCCCUGUAGUAGAAAACCAACUCUCAACCCUGACUUGGUUUCCUCAAGGUUUUCAGCUGUUAUGUGGGAAACUACUGUAAUAGUUUUUAGCUGAAUGCUCUGGGAAGGCAAUGGAGACCACAUUUCCACAGAAUAUCAGCUGGGAUAUGGGGAGAGCAGGAAGAGAUCCCUCUUCUCUAGAAAUUAACUGUCCGAUCAUGAAGAAAAUUGACUUCCCUUUUUGCUCUAAGGUUUUCCAGUAGCAGGAAAGCGUAUUCAGCACUUAAAGUCUUGGAGGUAUUUGGGGGUUUUCCAUUUGUUUUGUUUGGUUUUGUUUUGUUUUUUAACUAGCAGAGAACCACUGGUUUGUUAGUAGUGCAUCAGAUCCAGUGUUUGAUAGAGUAAGUCAGGAAGCUUUAUUUCGUAGGCAGAGAACUUAACAGCUUCAUUGGGCCAUUAGCUUCAGCAAUUAUUAACUUCUACCACUCUUCUUUCUUCUAACAAAUAGAGAGUGGUCCACAUUGCAUAUCCUCUAAUCAGCGUGGCAUCCUGCCUUGGAGCGGGCUUUCUUGUCUUGCUCUUCUGUGUCAAGUUGGUCUUUCUGAACUCUGGAAUUGGUGCUUGAGAACAUUCUUAGGAGACUGGGGCUUCAGGGGACCCCUUUGUGCUUGUUGUUAAACAGGGUACUUGUAGAGAAGGAAUUGAGCAAAGUCUCCUUGCCUUCAAAACUUGUAUUUCACCAUGCACUGCUCUUGCAGGGCAUUGAGCACUUCUAAGACUUAGGAAUGCCAUAUUUCCAGUCAAACCACCACUGAGGAAGAAACCCAUGCAGCAUGUUGCAGAGCUGAACUCCAAGUUAUACCCCUAAGGAUGCAAUAGACCAGAUGACAAAGUGGAAGCAAACACGCUGCGGGACAAUUCACUUCUUUCUUUUCCUGUGAUGUCAGUGUGGCAAGCAGAGAGGAUUGCUUUUGAUUUUAAUAGUUGUAGAGAGCAAGCAACUAAGUUUUGGCCUUCAAAUUUAGAAUUGGAGAGAAGAAGGUCAGUGUUUUCUGUUUGAUAUGUUUGGUUCAUUGACUGGUUAGGGUUGUUUGGGGUUUUGAUAAUGCCUGGUAUUUAUGAACAACUGACCUGCAUACUGAUAGAGGUCCAUGUGACUCUCAGAUAACAGCACCCUUGCUCUGUAUACUUUACAUGAACUGCUUUGGUUUCUUAAACUGCACUAGUCUAAAGUUUUUUGCGUCCCUUUCCUUUAGAAAUGCUUUUGGCUGUUUCCUUCAAUGUCUAACAGUUGCAUAUUCUCAGGGAUUUUACUUAGCCAUGGCAAAAUAAGAGUAAUCGCAGCCUUACCCUAGGGCAGUAAGGCUGCUUUUUGUGAAAUUAGUACAGCUGAGCGUAGAACUCUGAUACAGCAUAUGACACUGACAGUGUCUAUCCAGUGUGCAUCCUUGCUGAGACAUGGUAAAUCCCAAAGCAAUCUGAUAGAAGUGCUAUCUAGUACUAAAUAAUGGCAGUCAGCAUAUUUGAAUAGAGAUUAUACCCACAUCUUUGUAAUAUAGUGCCAUUGGCAUUAGAGCAGAGCUCUCAAUUUCAGUCGAGUUCUGCUUAGCAAUGGGAGGCUUUUAUUUAUUUUAUUUAUUUUGUUGUUAUUUUUUUAAAAUAAAAUAUGUUCUGGAGCCCCCUCUGCUAUUUUAAGACACCAUACUCAGUUGCAUAUUGAAGUUCUGUGACAUUACAAAUGUAGAAUAUGAACUGGAUACUCAAGUGCUUUAGUGUAAACUUAAGGAGUCACUGAAACAUCCCAUCUUGACACUGUUGUAAUAUGGGUCUCCCUUUAACAGAUGCACUUAAA